UAUUUUCUUUGAUAUAUAGUUUGUUAGUCAUGCGGUCGUGCAUGCAUUAAAUUUGGAAUAAUAAAUGAAGGUGAAACAGUGGAAUUUUCGGCUUUGAUAGUAAUAGUUUAAAGUGUUCUAAUUCCAGUGCGGCACACAUAACCUUACUCAAAUGGAGGAAGACGAACUAUCUGAAUUUCUGGUUACAAAAGAAAAAGGCACUACAUUAGAAUCAAAUGAUGAUAAUUGUAAUGUAACAACUGAUAGCGACGUUUUUAGUUGCAAGAGAACGCCGCUGACGACAAAAAAUGCAAUGAAAUUGCUAUUAGAAGGCUCUCUGAAGUCGAAAGUUUGUCGAUAUUGUUUAAAUGUCGUCACUUCUCUCUACGAAAUGGACCAAGUAUUUCAAAUCGGAGGUCAGACUGCACUGUACAAAGUUACUAUUCGAGAUAUGGUGGCCAGUUUUUAUCCAUUUCAGGUGGUAGAAGAUCCAAACUGCCCAACAAAAAUAUGUGAUAAAUGUUUAGAUAACGCUUUCCAGUCAUAUUUAUUUACUCAGCAAUGUGAGCGGGCUGGGCGGGCAUUACUUAACUGUUUCGAAGAUAUGUAUGAAAAACUGGACAAACUGGAUCCAUUGGAGCGUACAAAGAAGAGAGGCAGACAAAAGCUAAAUCCUAAUUAUAACACAUUAUAUACGGAACAUGAAAAAGUCAUAGAUUAUGCUGAUCCUAUAAUCAACAUUUUAAAUAAAGGAUCGGAAGCAAUAGACAAAAAAGAUGAUACAGUUAGUGACUUGGAAUGCCCAAGGUGCUGGCAGACAUUUACAAGUCUGGAAUCCCUAAUUAAUCAUGAGAAAAUUCAUCCCAAGUCAAUGUGGUUUCAUUGCCGUUUAUGUGGCAAAUCGUUUGUGAAAAGACAUCUUUAUAGGAAACAUAUUAAAACUAAUCAUAAUACCUCCAAUGUAGCAGCUUCAGCAUUGUCUGAUCGCAUGUUUAAAUGUUUAGAUUGUGAUGUUAUCAGUGAAACAUACGAUAAACAUUUGCAGCAUAUAGAAAAGCAUAAGUUUAAAAUGGUAAUGGAGCAUUUGGUUGACAGAAAAAUGGACAGGUUAUGUACUGUGUGCCUGGCGAAAGAGACUAAUAUGGUAAAACUAGACAAAACUGUAAAUUUACAUGGAGGAUGCCCAGAAUUGACUGGCCACAGGAGUUUGUAUAAUAUUCUCGGAUCUACAAUGCCUGAGCAAGCUUCAUAUAAGUACCAAGAAUUAAUGGUGCCUCAUGAAGCAAAAAUAUUAACAAUAACAAAGAAGCAGGAUUUCAAAUUAUUUAGAGAAAAUAUGAAUUUUUCUGUCAUAAGUGAUGGAGAAUAUUAUUACUCACUAUCUAAUCCAAUAAUAAUUUCAAGAGAAACACUUCAGGGUGAAGAUUACAUAUUCUUCUUUACAAAACCAGAUGAUAUUGAUCAAAUAAUAAAUGAUAAAGAAAAUUUUGAUGAAGAAAUUCAAAAUAACAAUAAAAUAAAACAUUAUGAUGCUACUAGUUCUAUUAUUGAACUACCUUUAUUGGCUUCUUUUACAUCUAAUAUUAUAAAUUUUGAAAGAAAUACUAAUUCAGAACAGAAUUCAGAUCAAAAAAGCAAUCAACAAAAAUAUAUAUUCAGUUUUUCAAAUCCUGAUUAUGAUAUUGAUGUUGAAAAAGACACAUCUAUUGGUAAAAUAUCAGACAAUAUGACCACCGAAAAUUGUAAAGUCGAUUGGGUAUUUGAUAAAUGUAAUGAAAGUAAUGAUAAUGCAAAAGUUAAAUGUGAUAAAGCAGUAGUUGCCAUAAUUAAUGAAUGCAAUUAUUGUUGGAUCUUUAAAAGUACAGAUAAAUGCAAUAACUGUCUAAAACCUAAUUGCAAAGAUAAUCUUAAAAAUGACACAAUAAACAUAAAUGAAACCAAUGAAAGUCAACAGGACAAUGAAGUUCUAAGUAAUAAGAGAAAACAAAAUGAUCUUAACGAUUUUGUAUCCAAAAAAUCUAAAUGGCAAUGCAAGUUUUGUUUAACAGCUAAUGGAAACAAUAAAAAAUGCAUCUGUUGUGAUACUGAAUAUCACAUCAAGGACUUAGAUCAUCACAUGAAGUUUAAUCUUGGUGUAAAUAAAAACUUUUUUGAAACUGAUGUUUCUGAGAAAGUUGCGUCUGUGGAUAGCAAUGAUGUGAAUUUAGUCACUGUUGGUACAUCAGAUAAACUCACUAUUGAUGUUUCUUUGAAAGUGAGCAAUGAACAUGAUGAUGAAACUUUGCAAGAGAUCAAUAGCAAUGUUCAAAGCAUUGGGAAUGAAAUUAUUAACACCAGAAAACACUUAGUUGUUAACCUAAAAGAGGAUGAAUAUAUGGAUACAGAAUUUAGAGAAUUGGAAAAAGAAUCUUCUCACAAUGUUACAAAUGAUUUUCAAGAAGAAAUGGAUGUAGAAGAAUGCAAUAUAUCCUGCAAUGUUAAUACUCUAACUUCAAGAGAAAUGGGUUUUAUUGUUAACCCUUCUGCACAGUUUCCCCCUAGUUCUGUGAAAAUCACAAAUAUUCCAUUGAAAUUCAAUAUAGGUGCAGGAACAUCUGAUGGGAGAAUCUGUAGACGUCCCAAGAGACCUAUAAGACGAAUGGCUACUUCCUUUCAUAAGUAACAAAAUACAGUAGCCAGUAUCAGUUUUCAUAAAUUUUUGUGUAUACAUUUAUAUUUCUCCUUAAAUUUCCUUCCUUAAAUGCUUCUUUUAUUUUAUUUUUAAUAGUUUUAUUUUUCUGUUGCAGAUGAAUAUCCUUAGUUCGUAUACAGGGACUAAAAUUUGUAAAAAAUGCCUAGAUAGUGCAUUAACAUCAUAUAUAUUCUUAAACCAAGCACAUUAUGUAAGAAAUAGACUGAGAACAUGCAUUGAAUUGAUGCUUAAUUGUUUGAUGAAGGUAUCCCAACCAGAUGGGAAGAUAUUCGUAGAAAUAUCACAAAAUGUGAUACUACCACCUCAAGAGCCGGAUUUUAUAGAUGAGAAUCUUCUUUUAGAAGCUGAAGACGUCGAUGAAAGUAAACUUAGCAUAGAUGUUUUAGAGGACGAAUUUAGAACUAAAGAUUCUGGUAGUGAAAGCGAUACGGAAACUUCGCGAAAGGAUAAAAAUAUCCCAGAAGAGAAGGACUUGAUUCAAGAAGAUAAUUUUAUGGAAGAUUUGUUAAUGAAUCCAGCUAGGAAUGUUACAAGAACCUAUGUCAAAGGAAUGGUCAAUGGACUAAAAUCUAGAUACAGAAAUAGUUAUAACUCAAUCAGCAACGCCUGCAGUGAAUUUUUAACAUUCAAAAAGAAAAGAAAA